AUGAUGAGUUGUUACAGUAAAGAGAAUCUAAAUAAAAACGAAUACAAUAACAUGUGUAAAAGCCACUCGGCCAGGUCGGAUCGAGAAAUCUAUAGAAUAUGCCCAUCGAAAUUAAGCAAACGCGAAUUAGAAGAUUUAUAUUUUUCUCUUCUUGAGGAUAAUUUGGAACUGAAAAGAACUGUGAACGGACAACAUGACAAGAUUAAGGGCUUGUCUACAAAGGUACAGCGGAUGACUGCUGCACAGAAGCAACUACAAUCUAAAGAGUUAAAGGACUGCUGUGUUGGUAGCAAUAUAACAGAAUUGAGACGAGCCAACCAAAGGCUGUCUGACAAAGUGCAGCAGCUGAACAUGAGGCUAUGCUCAGCGAAGCAGUUCUACAAGAAGACACCGUCACAACCUCCCACUUCCAGAUGUCUGCGAUGUGCUACAGUUACUACUGGAGCACCAAUGAUAAAGAGACACAGCAAUAUUGAUAAGUCAAGUGAAACUGUUCCCAUGCUGUCCACCUCCAUACAAUGUGAUGAUAGCCCUAAGAGUGCGAAAUCUGCGCAGACAGAGGACGAGAACGUUGACAAAGCGACCUCUAAACGAACAUGUGACGAAAAUAGAUGUAAAACUCUCAUGCAAGAGUUGAAAAUGAAAAUCGUCAAUUUACAAGAGGAGCUGUGCAUGGUACACGAAGACUACUCGUCCCGCCUGGGCCGGCUGGAGAGCGAGGUGUCGGCGGUGCGGCGCGAGAACGUGCGCGUGGUGGGCGAGCGCUCGGCCAGCCUGCAGCAGCUGCACGCCUCGCUGCAGCAGCACGGGGACCUCGUCGCGCACUGCAGGCUGCUCGAGGCCAGAUGCGCGGAACUGGAAGCUCAGCUAACUAUAGAGAAGCGCAGGGUGGCUGAACUAGAGACGCAGCUGAAAGCCGCCAACAUGUCGCACAAAGUCAACAGGACUAUAGAGGACCAUCUCACUAAUCUUAACGAAACUAAAACUACUGAAGCUGUCGUUGCCACCACUAAAGAUACUAUCAGUGUCAUUACCAAUGUUACCCCUUUCAAUGGCACCACGAAAGGCUCUACCAAAGGCAUGACCAAGACUUCCAACGGUGGCAUCUCCAAAAUAACAUCGAAUGGCAGUGCUAAAACAACCACUAAUGGUACUGCCAAAUCUGCCACUAAUGGUACCACCAGAUCUACAAGUAAUGGCACCACAAAAUCUACCACUAAUGGUACCACCAGAUCUACAACGAAUGGCACCACAAAAUCUACCACUAAUGGUACCACUAGAUCUACAACGAAUGGUACCACUAAAUCUGCCACUAACGGUACCAAUAAAGCUAUCCCUAAAGGCAUCCCCGAAGCUGUGUUCACAAAUGCCACUCCUCAAGCUUUCACCAAUGUAACUCCUCAGACCACUGAUACUACUCACAAAACUAACGCCAGUGAUAGUAUUACUGACAUCACCAACGAACCGAAAACCUAUGCUGUCACUGAUGCGACGAAUAACGCCAAUGACACUAUAAAUGCUGCCACUGAUAGGGAAGGAAAGGGAUACAGGAUCCCUUCCAAUGUAACCACCGAUAACAAUACACCCACCAUUGCUACUAACGAAGACAAUGUUCCUACCCACGCCAACCAGGCCGCCACCAUAGAAGACAAUGUUUCAAAAAAUGUUACCACCAAUGUCAAAGACCUUGAAAAUACUACCAUUGAUAAAAAAAUCCCUAACAGUGCUAUCAACAAUGACAAUAUUCCUACCAAUGCUACCAUUGAUGACAAUAUUCCUACCAAUGCUACCAUUGAUGACAAUAUUCCUACCAAUGUUACCGACGGUCAAAAUAUACCUACAAUAGCCACCAAGACCGUCACCAUGAAUGGCAGUGUCUCCCCUCAACGCGAUAUGAAAGGAACAGCCGAUAGUUCACCGAAGACCACUUGUCCAUGUUUUGAACGGCCACCUCCUAGAGAAGACGCGAGGUGUAGGAAAUGCUGCUACAAAGAGCUUGACAGCAGCGUCAUGGAGUCUAUCGCCAAAAAUGUAGUUCCUACAACCGCCACCGCCAACGCUGAUGACACGCAAGCGUCGCCGAUCAAACCAGAAGAGGUCAAAGCUAAAGCAUCCGACGACUCAGGCUACUUGGACUCCAACAGAAGCCAGGAUACAGAUGAACUGGGUAUACAUAAACUAAAUAAAGAACUGCUAGCUAAAGUACGAGAACUGCAGAUUCAAGUGGAAUCCUUGAGAAGGGCUCAGGUGAGCAACAUGUCAGAAACUAAGAAGAAACUUGAUGAAACUUUGUCCAGUCCAAGCAACUCUAUUGACAUGUCUACUCCCAUCAGACCAGAACGACCGACCAGGGUAAAAAAUGUUGAGAAAAGACAACUCCCGGUGCCAACCACAGCUCAGACGUCGGUAAAAGGCGAUGACGAGCCGACGAGACCUGCGACAAAUAAACAUUAUACAGAUAGUCCGGAGAAGGGCGAAACUAGAAAGUAUAACAUGUACCACAACGCCGCGGUCACACAAGAAAACGAAGAACACAAAACAAGUGCUUUGGCAGAAAAUACAAGCUUGGUAACGCAAUACAAGCGCAACACUUCGGAACUAACAGUCAGCAUGGACUUGACGCACACACAGACAGACGGAAAACUGGAAGUGAUGAAUGAAAUGACUACUAUACGGGAGUCGAGCGACCAAGACCUUGCACAGGCUACCGACACUAAUGAGGGUCGUACAAGCACGGAAGAGCGUGUACAGGAUGGGUACAAAUACACAGACACUACGCAGCAGUCUCGGCAGACCGAACAGAGCCGCACUGAGCCCAAGCAGGCUGAGAAUUCGUCCGUAGACAGCCCGUACAAGUUUGGUGCCUCAUCCUUAACAGGUAGCCUAACUAGCAACCCAGAAAUAGGUGUUAUCGUGCAUUCAAAUUUGGCUAGAAACAACGUCCGGGAGACAGGUGAGGCGUCGAAGCUGUUCGGCGGGUCGGACAGUGAGUACCCCACCCACCUGCAGCUGCCCAUGGCGGAGGCGCUGGUCGCCACCCGGGCCCCCGCCGCCCGCCCCGACCCCCGCCCCGCCCUCGAGCUCUGCGAGCACUGCGCCGCCUGCACUUUCGAUAGAGAGUGUGCAACACGACGUAGAAACACGACCGAAUCGGGCAACACGAGUCUUGGCAAGGAAACUAAAAAGGAACAAGCUACGAAAACCGACCGGCACAAUAGCUUGCAAAUACCAGGCCCCUUACCCGCUGACAAUUACAAAAAACGAAGCGUGUUCAAGCGCUUCUCCUUGGACAAGAAAAGGGAUAAACAGAAACAAGCAGCAGCGGUGGCCAAGUACAGCAGCGCCACGGCGGACGGACCCAUCAAGUUGCCCGACGUCUCGCUCAUCGACCAGCCGCGGGCUGACAGCCUCGUCGACGUCAAGGGACACAACGCCUUCUUGCAUGGCAGGGACUCUUUGGAUGCUCAACGCAACAGAAACUCCCGAGACAGGCAGAGCUCUGCUGGGUUUAAAGACCACGAUGCAAAUGUUCUGUACGCGCCGGACCCUCUCAGUGACCGCACGAUGCCCACGAUGCUGGAGCAGGACUACAGGAGCGACUCUGAAGACGAACGGACGAAGGCGCAGACUAAGGAGCAAGCCAGUCAAGCUGCGCACGGUUGCUUGUCGUCGAUGUCUCGUUGGCGCGGGCGCGACGCGGCGGUGUACCGGCGGUCCAGCGGCACGCUGCGAUGGCGCGCGCCGCCCACGCUGCACGAGCCGGCCUGCCACUGCCCCGGCCAGGUCGACGGACGAUGCCUACCCCUGCCCAUCAAUAAAGGUGUACAAGUGGAGCGCGGGUUGACAACGCAUCAAGUAUCUAUAUCGUCGGAGCAAGGAACGUAUACAGUGCACAACAAAGAAGCACGAAGCGUCUCGUACGAAAACACUGACUAUGAAUUGUCCAAUAUCUCCGAUUUGCCUUUGGAAAAAGACGGCAAGAGUCCCGGUAAGGCUAGAGCUCUGUCUCCUGGCGAGGACAAGACGACGACGACCACCACGUACUCGGAAUCGUACUGCUCGCCCACCACCAACUACUCACUCAGCGAGGGCGAAGUCCCCACUACUUCGAAAAGGAAGGUGUCUUACGAAACCAGUAGAGAGAGGCGAGAUGACGAUGCGGUUCGCCAAUCGGGAGACUCUACGUCCAAGAUGGAGGCCGCCCUGCGAGCCAUCACGGAGGAGCUCGCGCACUGCAAGGCCUUGCUGCAGGCGCGGCCGCAGGCCCAGCCCCAGUCCAAUGGGCAGCAGGUGUCGAGCGGGUCCCAGACGGCAGUGUCGGGCGUGGCGCGGCCCAUCGCCCUGCGUCCCGGCGUGGCCACGCAGAGUAUCGGGGACGCGUACGCUCCCAAGUGUAUAUUCACGCUGCACAUCGGGACCGUCGUCUUGUCCGACGAGGCGGUGCUCAGUUCCCGGGAUAGGACGAUGGUGUUAACGUGGAAGUUUUACGACCAGAACGUGGCUAUGACGCGCAUGCGCCCUGGCCGCGUCGUACUCUUCGACUUCUCCACCGAGUAUGACAUCAAAAUCACUGACCACUUCCUCAACUACAUGAAAUAUGAAGAGAUGAAAAUAAAUAUCUGCGAACUAGACAAGGAGGAUCAGCCGUUUGCGACAUGUUCCCUCCCUCUGCGCGAUGCGCUCCUGCACACGAACCGUCGCGCCGACAUGUCGCUGGCGCUGCUGGCCGGGCCGCGCCUCAUGCGGGUGCACGACGCGCUCGACGGAGGGGACGAGGUCGGGGUCAUCGACCUCUGGUGCAUGCUGCGCGCCGAGCCACACAUGCUGCCCGGCAUCAACCACGCCAUAGCGCAGGGAGAGGUGUCACACACACUACAAUACUGCAUCAACCACGCCAUAGCGCAGCAAUCCCCGACGCUGAACCAGCCUACAGACCCGUGCAACUCCCGCGUGAUGAAGCAAAUCCUGGACGACGAACACUACAAUGACUUUGACCUCGCGCUGGAUAACGCCUCGGUCUCCAUCUCGCCAGACACGAAUGAACUACCUCAUUUCGACAAGAAUAUUGUUAGAGAUGCUGAGCGCGAUCGAACUUCAUACAACUUUAACCUGCCGAAAACCGCACCGGCCUCCGUGAGUGACGGCCCCACGCAUACUGCCAAACAAGAACUGGCUUUUGAUCUGAGCAAGUACCCACCAAUGCGAAAGCGGCGCGGCAGCGGCACGCCCCCCUCCAACGACUUUAGCACAGCCACUCCCACAGCUGGUAACGAAGACCAUGACAAUCCGAAAAGCUAUGAUUUUGGCAGGUUCGUCAAACCAGAAGAUGACGAAGAAUACUCCUCAGAAGGAGAAGAAGAAAUAGACGGUGCGCAGAGACUGGACAUCACAGUGCUGUGGCUGGCCCUCAACGAGGAGUGCGAGGCCAUGGUAGACCCUCACGUGCAGCGACUGUACGUUGCCUACACCUUCCUAGGUAGGGCGGGAGCUGAACUCGAGACCCCCGUCAGUCUGCCCAAGCCUAAACAUUACGUCGACAAAUGCUAUUUUAACUUUAAGAAGACCUUCGAGUUAGAAGAAGCGGACCUGAUAAAGCUGGGUCACAUGGCUCGGUGUCGCGCAGCCAGCAAGAUGUCGCAGGACGAAAGGGACUGCAUCAUCUUCUCCGUCGUCAGUGAACCCGAUGAGGAUCCACUGGGAAUUGAGAGCUGUGAGGAUAUUGGGUACGCGUACCUGUACCUGGGCGACCUGCUGGCGUACAGCGCGGGCAGCUCGGGCUACACGGAGGUGGUGCCGGUGCGGGCGGCGCGGGCCCCGGCCGGCGUCUGCGGCGUGCUGGCCGUGCGCCUCGACGGCCUGCACGUGCUGCGCCGCUGUCUGCUACUGCAUUCACCUAAUGACAAACACUCCUGA